UCUUUUCUCAAAAAUUUACUAUUCCAUUUAAUUAGAAAGCUUUUACAAUGUAUUUUUGUCUUAUUCCCUUAUCUAAUCAUUUUCUCCCUUAAGAAGAUAUUAUCCCUAUAUUGUAAUUUGACUAUAAAUAUUGGUUAAAAUUGUAAGUUCUUCAUAUUUGCAUCCUACUAUAGUAACUCAGAGAUGUUUUCAUAUAAAUCAAUUAUUUAACAGAUUUAGUAUUGACCUACAAAACUGCUUGAUUCUAGAAAUGUGCUAUAAAAGAAAAAAGACAAACAUAGUUGUAACAAUGCCAUAUAUCAUAAAAUGAGAGGAGGAGGGAUUAAUUUUUCCUUUCUCCUUUAGUCUCUUUAGGAACAUGCCCUCCAUGUUUGAGAAAGAGGCCAAGAAUGUGGUCAAAGAGCUGGGUACAAAAAACCUAAUACCUGUCACCAGCUUCUACAGCUCUAACCAAUUCCGCCCUUUCUGUCUGAUGAGGAAGAAGAGAAGUCAUAUCUUCAGCCAUUUUUGGGAAAAGCCUCUUAUUCCUACUGAUUUGUCACUCAUGGAUAUUCUGGAGCCAAGUUCCAUAAACCCAGAACUGACCUAUACAGGACCCUUUAAAUUCUCUUUCACUGUGGAUGGAAAGUUGAAGACUGACAUGGAUUUUAAUGCAGGAGUAACGAUUGGGGUGUCCGCUGAGGUUACAAGGUCCCAUAAGUCCUUCCUGGAAGUACAGAUUGUUAAUGUCCCUCAGGUCAUGUGGACAAAUAUGCAGAGGAAUAGGAAACUGUUACAACCAGAGCAUUCUUUCCUUUUGGAGUGUUGGAAUCGAAGGGAAGACCUGUUUGUGGUGAUAGAGGCUGUGGAAGUCUUGAACUCUCCUGUUAUCCAGAGCAGCAGCAAUAUUGGUGGUGAUGGGAAAUUAACCUUGUCCAGAAUAUCAAAUGUACAGGACAAAAGCGGAGCCCACUUGAACAGACAAAAGUCAGUCUCUAUCCCCAAAGGCAGUAUCAUGGCUUAUAGGGCAGUGAAGCUACUUAUCCAGGAGGAGAAAUGGGUCAUUCUUCACAUCCCUGAUCACGAGAAGAAUACAUUUCAAUAUAAGAAAACUUUUUCUCCCUGGAGUAAAGAGGAACAAUCUCAUACGGAAAUAGGUUUGGGGUCUAUGCGUGGCAUGGAGGAGAAAUUAGAGUGGAAAGAUUAUCCAAAACUCAGCCUCUUCCUUGAGACCAUAGAAGAGACACAGCAAGGCUUUGGAUGGAAGCAACAAGACAGGAAUAACUGCCAAAGAGUAAGGGAUUUCCAAAGACUACUGGAAGAAGUGACUUUUCAGAAGAAGGACUUGGUUAGGAUGCCUGGAAAGCAGAGGACCACCUUGCUCUGUGCCCUCCAUGACCUUCUGGGAAACAGAACUGCACUUCAGGAUUUAGAGGACAAGCUGCUGCAUGUUUUGGAUUCAGGAAUUUGGGGGAAGAUGGAAGGCCCUGGGAACACAAUUCUAAGCAAUUUGCAAGAUUCCUCAGACUCCCCAGUGAAUGGUUACAUAACUGGAUUUCUCUACCUCCUUGAAGCUUUAGCAGCUCUGAGUGACAAUCAACAUGAUCUACUUGCCCAGUCCUUGGAGAAGAAGAUCCUAUCUCAGCAACUGAAGCUGGUGAAAAGCAUCUUGGAGACAAACUUCAAUCAGUUCCACAGUACCUUCAUCCUCCCGCCAGAAAUUCUCUCCCUGAUUGAUGAAGAACUGAACCUUAGCCUAGAAUUGGUAGAGGAUUGUGGUCUGCAGCUGCAAAGGACUGAGCAAAUGCUCAUCUUGGAUCCAGAGGGAAAAAAUCCACUGUGUGCACUAUAUGGGGCUCUUUCAUGCUUGUUGUCACUAAGUGAAGACUAACCUCCUCCUUAGAACAGCCAAGUUUCCCACAAGAACUGCUAAGAGAUAUAGGAUUUUGACAGCAAUCACCAGCAAAAAUGAGCAACCCAACCUUGAGAUAGGUCUUAUUUUGAUUCGAUAUAGUCCACAACUAUCCUUAUAGCACUGAGCUUAGAUUCACUUGCUUUGCCGACAUUUAUUUAUUGAUGGGCUCAUAAAUGUGUGUAAUGGCUAUUAGAGGUGAUGGUAUAACCUUGCUUCAUUUCUCACACCACUUUCAUAUAUGUCUAAGUAUAAAUAAUCCCCAAUCCAAAAAACUUGGGCAAAACUGAUAGGGGUGACUCAAGACUAAAACUAAUCCCACUCAUAUUCAGAUUCAGUCAGAGAAGCAGGGGAACAAUUAGGGAAUAGUAGAAGAAAAACCAAGCCCAAGUCUUUGAAACUAUCUAAUUAAUCCAAGGCUAUCUGAAUAGGCUUUGGUUAGAAAAUGUCAUUUGCAUCCAGAAAAAGAACUAAGGAGAUUGAAUGUAAAUUAAACACAUGCUAUGUUCAUU